UUUUGCUUCAGUGUCGUGCUCCAAAUUGGGUUAAAAAAUAAGGGUUUUGAUGACGAGCAGUGCGGAAGGAGGGUUCAUCCCCCGCCGCGCAGGGCCUGAUGGGGUUAAAAAAUUUGCGGCCGCCUGCAAACUUGCAGGAAGCACCCGAGCAUCGAGCAUCAUUUCCUACUUCUGCAAAAGCCGCUCAGGCACAGGAAGGUUUUGGGGUGCUCGGAGGCAAUGCUGCUUUGGGGACCCCCAACAGCGUCAUGGUGAUGGGGACGUUCCAGGGAUGUCGGUACAGGGGCACAGCGGCGAUGAAGUGACCUACAUUUGUGGCAAGGAGGUCCCCAGCCUGCCGCUGCCGCUGCAGGGCCAUGAAGCGGCACAAGUGACAGGGACGCUGUGCCUGCGGGCCAUGGCCAGCCCGGCACCAUGGCUGCGCUGGACACAAACAGAGCUGACGCGCUGGGAGGGAGAGGAGGAGGAGGAGGAGGAGGAAGAAGACAACGACAACUUUGAAAGGCGAAUGGACGAGGAUGGGAUCAUCGGCCUGGGGGAGGAUGCCGGGAGCCCACAGUGGGGCGAUGGCGAGGAGCUGGAGGAAGGGUCCCCAGUGGAGGAGGGUCGCUGGCACCCGCAGCCGGACCUGGUGGAGGAGGAGCGGGGCAGCUUCAGGGGGGACAAGGGGCCCUGGGGGACAGAGAGUGAUGGGGAGCCCUACCCCCAGCUCUCCUACGAGGGCCAGUGGGGCUCGGGGUCCAGCAGCAGCCCCCAGGCGUUGCGGGACAGCCGAGCUCUCUGCCAGCCCCAGCGCUGCAGCACGGAUGGUGGUGACACCUCAGAUGCCAGCCCUGGCCCCGCCACCUCGUCCCACCGGCACCAGGGCUGGGGUGCAGCUGGGGGCACCGGUGGGGCACACGGGCAGGGCUGGACCCCGAGCCGGAGCCUCCUGCUGCACCUCUCCACUGAUGACCCCCACGAUGCCACUAGCAUCGAGCCUGUCCCCAAGCCCCAGCCAGCUGGGUCAGAGCUUCCAGCCCCGGCCACCACUGGCUUGGAACCCACCAGGGAGCCCUGGGGUGCUGGGACCUCCUCUGCACCCCAACUGCGUGACAGGUUCCAGGUGCCCAAGAAAGCAGCACCCACGGUGCAGCCCCCCAAGCCUGGCCGCCCAUCAUGGUCCCUCAGCCCCCGGCAGCGGCACACGGGCAGGAAGGACACGAGGGGUCCCUUGGGGACAGGCACCCAUGGCGCCCACGGCACCCCAUACGGCCGAGGGCGGCUCAACCACCCCCUGCCUGACCUCUCCAAGGUGGAGGCACGGGUGAAGUUUGACCAGAGCUACCAGCCACCGCGGGGCCGAGCCCUGCCUGCCCGUGCCAGCACCACCGGCCCCGUCAGCUUCAAGUCCCCAGCCGAAAUCGUCCGGGAGGUGCUGCUGAGCAGUGGGGAGGGGGUCCCCCCGCAGCCCCCCACCACCGCUGUGCUGCCACAGGAGUUCAGGUCCCCCAGGCAAGCCACCGAGCUGGUACAGCAGCUCCAGGAUGACUACCACAAGCUGCUGACCAAGUAUGCCGAGGCCGAGAACACCAUCGACCAGCUGCGCCUGGGUGCCAGGGUGAGCCUGUACGCGGACCCACCGCAGCCCAGCCGCAGCCUGGCUGUGGGCACGGUGGGCACUGGCUGCCAGGUGGUGACCCUCAGCAUCCCGCAGGCCAGCAUGGCGGCGUUCAGCGUGGCCCCACCGUCCUCACCGGCUGGAGCUCCAGCACCAGGACCAUCAGACCGGGGGGGAUCACCCCAGCCUCCUUGCCCCCCUCCACCCAGGGGGGUCUGCCCCACCUGCCCAGGGCCCUGCUGCUGCUCGGGCGCCCGGCUGACACAGACGUUGGCAGGACAGACCCUCAAGCUACAGGCACAGGUGGAGUCCUUUGAAGGCUGGGUGCAGGCGGGGGGUCCCGUGCCCCGGGAGCAGCUCCAGAGGUUUAGGAAGCUGAAGGAUGCGCAGGAUGCGCUGGAGCGGGCGUACCUGCAAGCCCGGCAGCAGCACCCAGGGGUCUCGGCGGAGUUUGAUCCCGACCGCGGGGUGGAAGGGGCGAUUUUCCACCUUGGGCUGCGCCUGGAGGAGCUGAAGGACCGGCUGGAGCCCGGGGCCAGGUGGCAGCCCCCCGCGCAGCACCCAGCUCAGCCCCGCUCCCCACCAGCCCCUUCCGCGCCGCUGGCCACCGGCUCCCUGUGCCCCCAGAGGCCCAGGCUGAUGGAGGGACCCCAGGGGACAGCGGGGGACAGUGAGGUGGUGACAGGGGGGUUGCCCCAGCCCCUCUGGCACAAGCAGCGGAGAGUGGAGGAGGAUUUUGGUGGUCUGCUGGAGCAGUACAAGCACUUCAAAUCCUUGCCGGAGUCGCUGAGCCUGGAGCAGCUGAGCCUGGCAGGGAGCAGGUCCCAGGAGGAGGCGGAUGGCCCCGCAGCAGGGGACAGUGGCCCCAGCAACAUCCCCGGCAGGACACAGGCUCUAGAGAAGGGGGCUGACCUCAAGACUUCCCCUUUGCACCCCCUAGAGAGGAGAGCCACGCUGCUGCCCCCCAGGGAGCCCUCAUGGCUAGGAGGCACAGGGGGCCACCUGUCCCCCACCACCGCGGAGGAGCUGCCGGCUGCAGCCAAGCCCCCCCUGGGGCUUCCCGAGGCACCACGGCCCCCCCUGUCCCGCCGCAGCAGCAGGGUGGGUGGCGCUGCCAACCAGCACCAGCCCAGCAAGGAGCAGCGCAUUGUGUCACCGGAGACAGACAGCGGCUUCAUGGGCUCAGAGGCCAGCAGGGUGUCACCCCCCAUGCACACCCCCGAGCACUGGCCCCCUGGCACCAGGACCCCCCACUCACUGGGACUCUCCAUCCCCAUGACCCUCCAUCCUCUGCGGAAGAGAGAGGUGACCCCGCUUCCCUCUGAGACAACGGUGACGGGCAUCUACCCCUCAGGGGGGCAGGGGGGCACGGAGGGGCCCCGCCUGCCCCCCAGCACCCCCUCGCAGAGCAGCUCUCCCCACGGCUGGGCUGAGAGCACAGGCAGCGAGGUGGGACCUGACGCUCACGCGGACUCGGAGGCAGAAGGCAGGAGUUGUGCCAGCACCGCCUGCCACCCCCCCUCCACAGCCAGGGGCCCAGCCAGCCCCCCGCCAGCCCCCAAAACACCAUCACCCCCCCAGCUGUCCCCCACCCUGCUGUCCCUUGAGCCGACUCACUGCAAUCUGCUGGGCUCUCGUCUGGAGCGUGACCAGGCCAUCCGGGCACUGCGGGACGAAGUGUGGCAGCUCCAGCGGAGGCUGGAGGAGAGCCUGCGCCGCUCCCGCACCCAUCCCCAGGGAAAAGCCACCCCAGCCAGGAGGCACCCGGUGGCCAACAGACCAUCAUCCCCCAAGGACGCGGCAUCCUCGGGGGAGCUAAGCCCCCCGGUGCGGGGCAGGGCAGCCCCCAGGGUCGCACCCACGAGGAGGGGGAGGUCGGCAUCGCUGCCACGGGAGAGGCCAGAGCUGGAUCUCAAUCCUGCAGAUCCAGGGCUCGGACCCACUGGAUCCCACCCCGCUUCACUCUCCUCCGCUUCGGACCCCUCACCCUCUGGGCCCCAGGCUGCCCCCUCCCCACGGAAGAGCCCUGGGAGCCCUCCGGGUGUGGUGACGUUUCGGGGACAGUACACAGGAACGUGGUACCAGGCAGUGAUGCCGCCCACCGCCCCGGCACCCCAGGAAAAGCUGGGCACCCCAGGGUGCCCCCGGUGCCAUGGCAGCAGGACGCUGUCGGCUGGCUUCAAGGCAGGCAAUGCCGCCAGGCAGCCCCAGCACAGCACCCCAAGGAGGACGCGCUGCCCCACUUGCCAGGCACCCAUGGGUGCCCCUGCAUCCAGCAGCAGGGACGGAGCCACACACGCAGAGCCUGGCCCCACUGGCACGUCCCCCUCAGGCCCCCACGUUGGUCCCCAAGCCAAGAAGCCGGAGCAGCCCAGGCUUUGGUACUGCCCUGGUGCCACCGCUGCCGUCAGCUGCCUUGCGCCCGUCCCCCUCGUGCCUUAUGUGCCCUCUGUGCUCUACUGCUCCCCAGCGGUACCUACCUCAGCCCCAGCCGUGGCUGGGGUCCCCCUCCGACAGACCGCAGGUCACGGGCACGCAGAGCAUCCCCUCCGGCCCCACGCUGCUGCCCACCGCCGCUGCCUGACCCUGGGGCUGGAGGAGCUGGAGGAGCUGAACUGGUCGCUGAGCCAGGCCAUGGAGGCUGCCCAGAGCGUGAGGCUCAGCACCACCCGCAUGAGCCGGGUGCUGGCUGCCGAGCUGAGCCGGGCACGGGACCUGCGGGGCUCCUGCCUCUUCUGAGGGUCCCACUGGCACCUGCCAAACCCCCCUGCCCUCGCAGGGGGCAGGAGGAGGAGGAGGAGGAUGGUCCCCCAGUCAGCAUUAGAUGCUCCCUGCCACAUCUGGGGGCAGCAGGACUGGAGGCAUCUCGGCAGGGUCCUGCAUGGGCCCCCAUCCCCAUCCUGCUUGCCCUAGACCUCCUGCAUCCUUGUCUGUCUGUCUGGCCAUUUUCAGGACCACCCAAGCCACAGGAGAGGCACAAGAGAUGGGCAGAGGUCUCCCAAGACCUGCUCCAUCCUGCAGCACCCUGGGGUGCGAGCGCAGCCCCGGCAGGAGGGCACCGUGCCCUGGGACCAACGGGGUGGCCCUGUGUCCCCUAGGGCAGAUGCCACCCUGAGCUGAGCACUUCUGGGGACGCUCUGACUUUGUGUAGGUCCUACUGCAACACAGGUCGGGUCCCCGUUGGCAGCUGUGUUUACCUCUGUGCCUGCGUGAGCAGCAAUUCCCACGGUUCCCUAUCCAGCCUGUUUCCCAGCCUUUAGGCUCCGUGCCGGGGGCUGGACCCGAGUGCCCCCUCCGCCCCCCGCUCUGCCCUUGGACUUGAACCCAGCCAGGUCCUCCCUGGGAAAGCUCUUCUUUUCAUCGUUUUAUGUGAAUUUAGUUUUGGUUUUGUUUUUUUUUCUCCAAGGUAGCGAGUAAGCAGCUAAAUCACUCUUUUAGGGUUGAUCGAUGAUCUGUGAUGUGUGUGUGUAUCUAUAUAUAUGUAUCUACAUCUAUCUCUCUAUAUAUAGAUACAUAUAUAUGUUCUGGUUUUAAUUUCCAGCAUAAUCCUUAGGGCAUUUGUGGGGUUUUUUGGCCACCCCUGGAUGUGGCCUCCCACAGUAUCAUCUGGACAAAAAAAAGAAGGAUUUGGGGUUUUCCUUGGGAAUCCCAGGGCAUCUAGGCUGGCAGAGGAAACCCCGUGAGGCUGAGGCGGGGGCAGGAUCCGGCCCUGAGGUGGGUCUGCGGAGCCCCUGUACCUCCACGCUGGGUUUGUAAUGAGUUAAUGCCUAUUUUUUUUAGGGAAAUGGAUGUGGUGGGAGCAGCCCUUGGAGAGGGCCCAGCUCUGCACCCCACAAACCCUGGUGCACCCCUGUGGAACCCGGGAUGGGUCCAGCCAAACCCCCGCUCCACCCGGAGCAUCUCAGCCUGCAGUGACCCGGCUGCGUUUAUGUGUAGGACCUACCUAAAGUGCCUGUGUCAAAUUUAUUUAUUUUUGAAUUAUUUUUUGUUGUUGUUGUUGUACAAAGACCCACGUGUUUUUUUUGGGGUGGGGGGGGACCACUCAUGCCCCCAGCAUGUUUCUCAGGUCUAGACCCUCCCCAAGCACUUGCAAAGCCACUGAGCCCAGACCCUGCAGCCAGCCGGGGGGGGACAUGGAGGGGCUGGGAACGGGGCUGCCCCGGCACUGCCCUUUGGGGGGAGCGGGGCGGGUUGGGGACAUGCAGGGAGGGGGCAGAUUUUAGGAGGAUUUAUUGUCUCUGGUUGCAUUUGCUUGUACCUGUGUCCCAAAUGAGCCGGCGGACCAGGCUGUGGCCACGCUGGCAGCUGUGACCCCCCCCCCCAGCCCAGCCGGGGUGUGCGGGAGCGUGCAGGGAGCGUGCGGCCGUAUUUAACUGUCCCAAAUGCAAUAGCCAGGAGCAAAGAUGAUCUGUUUUUUCUGUAUCUCCUAUUUUGUAAUGACCAGCAGAGCCGUUUGGAUGGUAUUUUAUACGAAGAUAAUCGCCUUAUUUUUGAACGAAAUAAAUGCGGUUGGUUGGC